ACACUCCUCAGUCCCAAACCACCGUCAGCGUUUCCACUUCCUCCGCCAUGGGAAAGCAAAAGCAACAAGUUAUUUCCCGCUUCUUCGCUCCCAAACCCAAAACCCCAGACCCCUCAUCUCCUUCCUCCUCCUCAUUUUCUCCCUUAUCGCCGCCGUCAAACCCUAAAGACCCAUCCACCCCACCUCCCAAAAUCACAGCCACAGUCGCCUUCUCUCCCGCCAAACGCGCCCUCCUCUCCUCCCAGCUCGCCGUCUCUUCCUCUCCCAAACCAGCCAAACUCCCCAAACUCUCUCCUCACACCCACAACCCCAUACCCGCCGCACCCAAUCACUCCCUCCACCAAAAAUUCCUCCAGAAGCUUCUAGAACCCGCCUCCGACGUUCCAGAACCUCCCCCUUCCUCCAACCAACCCGCCAAGUUCACGCCUUUGGAGCAGCAGGUGGUGGAAUUGAAGAAGCGCCAUCCGGAUGUUCUUCUGAUGGUGGAAGUCGGUUACAAGUACCGGUUUUUCGGCGAAGACGCAGAAAUUGCUGCAAGGGUUUUGGGGAUUUAUGCCCACAUGGAUCACAAUUUCUUGACCGCAAGCGUCCCAACUUUCCGGCUGAAUGUCCACGUCAGGAGGCUGGUGAGUGCCGGGUAUAAGGUCGGCGUGGUGAAGCAGACCGAAACCGCCGCCAUUAAGGCACAUGGGUCGAACCGGGCUGGUCCAUUUGACCGUGGAUUGUCGGCAUUAUACACGAAGGCGACUCUGGAGGCGGCGGAGGAUGUGGGGGGAAAAGAGGAGGGCUGUGGUGGGGAUAGUAAUUAUUUGGCUUGUGUUGUGGACAAGAGCGUUUCAGUGGAAAAUGUGGAUGGUGGAGUUGAGAGCGGUGUGGAAGUGAAAAUUGGAAUUGUGGCAGUGGAGGUUUCGACGGGUGACGUUGUCUAUGGAGAGUUUGAUGAUAAUUUUAUGAGGAGUGGGCUUGAGGCUGUGGUUUUGAGCUUGUCGCCUGCUGAGUUGCUUCUUGGGGAGCCGCUCUCCAAACAAACAGAGAAGAUGUUACUUGCUUUUUCUGGACCAGCUUCAAAUGUCCGCGUGGAGCGUGUCUCACGAGAUUGCUUCAAGGACAGUGGUGCUUUCACUGAAGUAAUGUCUUUAUAUGAAAACAUGGAGGGUGGUGAUUUAACAGAUCAUCCAAAGAUAAAUACAGAUGUGAAAGCACAGAGUAAUAAGCACUUGGGAAUUGAGGGAAUCAUGAACAUGCCAAAUAUGGCAGUCCAAGCAUUGGCCCUGACUAUUCAUCAUCUGAAACAAUUUGGUUUGGAAAGGAUCCUGCACCUAGGAGCUUCUUUUAGGCCCCUCUCAAGCAGCAUGGAGAUGACUCUCUCGGCCAAUGCACUUCAGCAAUUGGAGGUAUUGAAGAACAACGCUGAUGGAUCCGAGUCUGGCUCCUUGCUGCAGUCUAUGAAUCAUACUCUUACCAUAUUUGGUUCAAGGCUUCUUAGACACUGGGUAUGUCACCCUUUAUGUGAUCGAACCAUGAUUUCUGCCCGUCUAGAUGCUGUUUCUGAGAUUGCAGAAUCUAUGGGGUCUUCUAUAUCUCCUCACAAUAUUGAACAGCUAGAUGUGGAAGAUUCGUUUGCAACAAAUUUGAACCCAGAGCUGACUUAUAUACUUUCUUCAGUUCUGACGACUUUGGGACGGUCACCUGAUAUUCAACGUGGGAUAACAAGAAUCUUUCAUCGGACUGCCACUCCACCUGAGUUCAUUGCAGUUAUUCAAGCUAUUUUAUAUGCUGGAAAACAACUUCAACAACUUCAAAUUAAAGAAGAGGGAAGCAAAGGAAAUAAGAUGGGAAAAAGUGUACGCUCUGAGUUGUUGAGGAAGUUGAUAUUGACUGCUUCAUCGUCCACUGUAGUUGGAAAAGCUGCAAAAUUGUUGUCUGCCCUCAACAAGGAAGCAGCUGACAAACAGGAUCUACUAAACCUAAUCGUCUCUGAUGGCCAAUUUCCUGAGGUUGCUAAAGCAAGGAAGGAGGUUCAAUUGGCAAAUGAGAAAUUGGAUUCUCUCAUCAGUUUGUACCGGAAACAGCUUGGAAUGCGCAAGUUGGAAUUCCUUAGCGUGUCUGGAACAACACACUUGAUAGAAUUGCCCUUAGAUGUAAAGGUGCCCUCAAAUUGGGUUAAGAUUAAUAGUACCAAAAAGACAGUCCGGUAUCACCCACCUGAUGUCCUGACUGCUUUAGACCAUCUAGCCCUUGCAAGUGAGCAACUCACUGUUGUUUGUCGUGCUGCUUGGGAUAGCUUUCUAAGUGGUUUUGGUAAAUAUUAUGCCGAGUUCCAAGCUGCUGUUCAAGCACUAGCCAGUUUAGACUGUCUUCAUUCACUUGCUGUCCUUUCAAGAAAUAAGAACUAUGUUCGUCCAGUGUUUGUAUAUGAUGAUGAACCGGUCCAGAUACACAUCUCCUCUGGUCGUCAUCCGGUUUUGGAGACUAUAUUACAAGACAAUUUUGUUCCCAAUGAUACAGAUUUGGAGGCAGACGGGGAGUAUUGUCAGAUUAUUACUGGACCCAAUAUGGGUGGAAAGAGUUGCUACAUUCGCCAAGUUGCUCUCAUUGCUAUCAUGGCUCAGGUUGGUUCCUUUGUUCCAGCAUCAUCGGCAAAACUGCAUGUGCUGGAGAGCAUUUUCACUCGAAUGGGUGCUUCUGACAGUAUCCACCAAGGGAGAAGCACCUUUCUUGAAGAACUGAGCGAGGCUUCACAUAUACUUCACAAUUGUACAUCACGCUCAUUGGUUAUCAUCGAUGAGCUUGGGAGAGGCACAAGCACACAUGAUGGUGUGGCUAUUGCUUAUGCUACAUUAAAUCAUCUACUACAGCAGAAAAGAUGCAUGGUUCUAUUUGUCACGCACUACCCAAAAAUUGCUCAUAUCAGAACUGAAUUCCCAGGCUUAGUGGAGGCGUACCAUGUUUCUUAUCUGACCUCAAAUAGAGAUAUGGGUUCGACAGGCAUUCAAUCCGAAAAUCAAGAUGUCACUUACUUGUAUAAGCUUGUGCCUGGUGUUUCAGAGAGGAGUUUUGGAUUUAAGGUUGCAGAGCUUGCACAGCUACCUUCCUCAUGCAUCAGACGAGCCACUGUCAUGGCUGCUAGGUUGGAGGCAGUAGUAAGCAGCCGAACAAGAAAUAGGGAUGACAAAAAGUGGUUGCUAAAAUCACUGCUAACAGACCAAAAGCAGGAAGAGCAAGAUGUAAUGCUGGAAUCUCCCAAGUGCCUGCGUGCGGGAUGGAGCUCGAUUUUAGGGGAGAUAGAUGGUGCCCCGUACGAGAAAUUCUUUACGAACUUGAAAACCACAUUACUUGAUGACAGCGACCCUGUAAAAAGCCUUCAGAACUUGAAUCACACAAGAAGUAUUGCAAGAGAAUUAGUAAGCAGAUAGAUAGCCCUCCCCGGAAGUGAUCUGUCAUGCAUACAGCAACAGCAUGCGAAGGGGACGGAUUUGAAAGGACAAAUCUCAUCAGUUCUGCAGAUGUAUUUUUUUGAGUGAAGAAGUUUGUAUUCCCCGGCAUCUCCAGCUUUCAUCUUUUGUAAUUGACCAGAAAUUGGGGGAAGUUAUUAUGAAUAUAUAAUAGAAAGUAAUAUUUGUUUAA